AUGAUGUACCUGACCGCUGAGAUCCUGGAGCUGGCUGGAAACGCCGCCCGCGACAACAAGAAGACCCGCAUCAUCCCCCGUCACCUGCAGCUGGCUGUCCGCAACGACGAGGAGCUCAACAAGCUGCUGGGCGGCGUCACCAUCGCUCAGGGCGGCGUGCUGCCCAACAUCCAGGCCGUGCUGCUGCCCAAGAAGACCGAGAAGCCCGCCAAGUCCAAGUAAAGCCCGACACCCGCACACAUAAAGUUA